AUGUGGGACACACAACCUUCUGGAAGGCAAAAGCCAAAGGCCAAAGUCCAGAGGCCAUGCCCAUGCAGUUACUCAUUCCCAAGAAGGCAUCAAAGAGUUAUACAAUGGCCACCUUCGCUUUAUCUCUAUGCAAAGCUUUGUGCAAUUCUUCUUCCGGAUGCCUGCAGUCAAAAGAAGGAAGUUUCAAGCUUUGUCCACAUAACCGAUAUUCUUAGGCCGCCGGACUGUGUCCCUCCCUUGCUUCUGAAUGCAUACAGCCCAACAGUCAAACCGGAGGCCAGAAACUCAGUGGAGACUGGAAUUGGUUCUCAAACUAAGAUAUCAUUGAGGAAUCUGAGAGAGGAGGCUGGCAAGUUCUACGACAUCAGAUUGCAGACCACAGCCCCCAAAAGUUUUUCAAAAGAAAAGAAAAGAGGAGAAAAGAUUGUGCUUCGCUUUCGCCCUUCUCAUGUGGCAAGUAAUUUCAACCAAAAGCUGAAGACCGCACAACAACUAUUUUGGUUACUAGAAAUAGAGGCACUGAGGCUGAACACCGGUAAAGCUGCCAAGGAUCCCAGCAGUCAGGAAUGUGCAGCCUGUAAGCAGACAUUUCAGUACAUAACAGGAACUGAACAGAUGUAUCAUCAGCAACAGCUCCACAACCGUAACCAGCACCUGUCCUCAAGCCCGGGCUUACCUCCUGAGAAGCAGUUUCUCCUGCAAGGAGGAGGAGAUGCAGGACUCGUCCUCUCCACCGAUGCUAAGCCUAGAUUGAAAUGGACACCAGAGCUGCAUGAACGUUUUGUGGAGGCAGUACAUCAGCUAGGAGGGCCAGACAAAGCUACGCCAAAAACAAUCAUGAGGCUGAUGGGAAUCCCUGGACUCACCCUGUACCAUCUUAAGAGCCAUCUCCAGAAAUACAGACUCAGCAAGAAUCUCCAGGCCCAAGCUAAUGCUGUCAACGCAAAGAAUGUGUUAAGCUGCAGGACAGGAACAGACAACCCAUGCGAAGGGAGCGGAUCACCACCACCACACUUGAACCUAGAGCCCCAGAUAAACAGGUCAAUGCACAUAAGUGAAUCCCUCCAGAUGCAGAUCGAAGUUCAGAGACGGCUUCAUGAGCAGCUAGAGGUUCAGAGACACCUGCAGCUGCGGAUCGAAGCGCAGGGCAAGUACCUGCAGUCCGUGCUGGAGAAGGCGCAGGAGGCGCUGGCCAAGCAGAGCGUCCACCUCGACGGCGGUGAGACGCCGACACAGCAGCUGUCGGAGAUCAUCUCGAGAGCCACGGCGACGAGGCGCGCCCAUGUCCAGCAGGAGCACCUCCACCAGCACCAGCGCCACCUAGGCGGCGAUGGAUCGGUGGACAGCUGCCUGACCGCAUGCGAGGGGUCCCAGUGCCAGAGGGAGAGGGAGAGGGAGAGGGACCAGGACCUGCUGUCCAUCGGCCUCUCGUCUGCUGCACCGCCUCCCACUCCCAGCGGAGGCUACAACAACGACAGAGGCGGCGCCACCGCCACCGCCAUCUGCAAGGAGUUCCUGUUUCUUGACGAGCCCGGCAGGAGAGAAGGAGGAGGAGGAGGGUCCUCGGAUGACCAUGGCCAGCAGGAGCUGGACCUUAGCAUCAACGGCAGGAGCAAUCCACCAAGGCCUCGCGACAGCCAAAGGAUCGACCUGAACGGGUCGAGCUGGAACUGA